GGACUCCGGGAUUCCUGCUCAUAACCGUUCAUUCGUUCUUCUGAUACGCGUCGCCGACGUCGGCUUGGAGCGCAUUUUACGUCCGAAACACGGUUUUUCUCGAAAAAUUUCCCAUUUGCAAACAUUGGAAAAUUGUGAAUAGAAAUGUGACCUGUUCAUCUGGGAGCUUGAUUUGGAGUAACUCUUCAGUUGGUGUGCGACUUUUUCAUCCAACGCAACUGUGAAGAGACAGAAAUAGAAAUGAAUGCCAGCACGAGUUUCCGGCUUGUUCUGAUCGUGGCGCUGAAUUUCCUGCUGGAUAGUCCUGCUAAUGCUGGGGUGGUUAAAAGGUCGCAGCGAAUGGUCAGAGAAGUCUAUCCUCCCGAUGUGGACCAGGACAGCGAAGGCAACCAACCUCCAGUUUGCAUAGUAGGAGAUGUGGUUUACGGUGUAGAUGAAACCGUCCCAGCUGAACAACCGUGCUUAAAGUGCCGUUGCCAGCCGCCAGGAGUGCAAUGUGAGACUGUCCAAUGCACGAAGAAGCCCGGCUGCAAAGCCAUCCAUCGGCCAAACAGAUGCUGUCCAGACUACCAAUGCGGUGAGAAUGAAUGCGAACACAAUGGCCACACGUAUGCAAACGGCGAAAAACUCGAAUCCAGUCCAGGUGGAGAAUGCAAAGUUUGCUACUGUAGAGGUGGCGAGGUGCAAUGCACCGAAGUUUCCUGCUACAUUCGCAACGACUGCGAAGGCAAAAGAGUCCCGGGAACCUGCUGUCCUAAGUACGACCAUUGUCCGCCGAUUGACUUUAACAGAUCCAGCAGCACAGAAGCAACGCCCAGCACUUCCAGGCCAGUUGCUGCGGAAGAAUGGCCCGAAACCAACGCCAGCACAGCAGCGCUGUCGCUGGAGGAAAUCAACAAAGUCCCCGUUCAGGAAGUCCCUUUGAAGGAGCAAAGCCUCCAGCAUAAAAUAACAAUCCAGGAGAUAAUUCCAGAGCGCAAGGAAAUUCCCAUAACGGCCCCGCCCAAGAUCUUCAUUUCUGAGCCUCAAGGCACGCUUCUGAUCGAAGAAGCCCUCCCUACUAGCGAAUACGCCUCAAAUGAUCUGGGAAUCGAUUCGGAGCCAGAGUCCAGCGAAGUUUCUGAGGUUUUCCAGCACCCGCCGCCAGUCCUGCGAAUCGGCGACAAGCUUUUGUUCCUCAAAAAGGGCAACUUGGUGCCUGAAAAAGACGUGACGACCCCGGACAGCGUCAUCACCAUCAUUGGAGCUGAGGGCCUUCAAAGGGGUGGCGUGGAGGAGAGUUUGGAGGUGCAUGAGCUGAAAAUAGAACCAGAAUUUGCCCCCAUUGCUCCUGAUCAAGCUGCAAAAACUCCAGAGGAUCUUCUCCUGCAAAGCACGGAUUUGCCCAAACCACUUGGGGAUCUCAAUGCUUCUUCAGACAGCAACGAUUUGGAGCUCAGAGUGUCAGAAAGCACGCACAUUUUGAGCCUGGUAAAGAGAAAGGAGAACCCUGCCAACUCAACAACUGCAGCUCCCCCAGCUUCCACCCCAAUAGAAGAACUGGUCAAUAACCUAACAAUUUACAAGGAAGAUGUCACACAGUCAACUCUUAUAGAAACCACCACGGAAAACUUAACCAAAAACACCGAACCGGUAGCAGAGCAGAACCCUGCCUAUCCCCCUUUGCCUGACAUCAUGCCAGCAGGCGGGGAAAACCAUCAAAAGGCCGACCUGGAGCUGGAGAGUUCCACCAAACAGACCAAGAUUUUCCUUUCAGAAGUCAACGAAUUCCUCACCAACCAGACUAAGAACGACACCCAUAUUGAGUGGCUGAAAACCGGGCCCAACCAGCCGAAUAAUGCCUCGUUGAAGUCGUUCACAGCCGCCAGCCUUCCGGAGGAGCUGCUAGUGCAAAAAUCCCCAAUAGAUGAGGAUAUGGAGCCAAACAUUGAGACCACCAUUGCCUCCAUUGGGGAAGUCAGCGAUUUAUUGCUGCCCAACUUCGAAAAAUUCGAAGAAACUCUGGUAGCCGACAACCAAACAACUGAACUUCCCAGAAACGACUCUUGGGCAGACGAAGGCCCCCAACUGAUUGCCGAGGUGAAGAUUCUGGAGGAACCUAGAGAAGAAGAAGAACCUCUAGAAGAAGACAAAGUCCAGCCGGCUUCAAUUGAGAUCAAAGACGCAGAAGACGAGCCCGAUUGCCCGAUCAAUGGAACCUCUCCCAGAUCAGUGGAAAGUGUGGAAAUGGACAGCGGAGAACUAACCACGCCCAGAACCAACCACUCAUCAAUGGUUUCUGCUGAAGCAGCAAGCGUGGAGACUUUCCAGCCACCCACCAAAUCCUCACUGGAAAGCGUGGAUCUGAUCCAACCUGCUAGCAAGGAAAGCGGAGUUGGGCUGAGCAGCUUGGAAAUCAUCGACAGCACUUCUGAGUCCAUACUGAAAGACGUGGAGCUGGUGGAUGGAAAGGGCGAAGCCCCAACAGUUCAAAGCUCCAGUGAAACCAACAUCAUGAAGCACGAUGUUGAACUGAUUGAAGUAGGAAGCACUCCAAAGCCCACAAAGGUGUCGAAAAUUGAAACCAGCACGUAUGAGCUUCUGCCAACGCCCGAAGAAACUCAGUCCAGAUCUAUACUGAAGCGAGCAACCAGCUCAGAAGAUGAGGUGUUCAAAGACCUGGAAAAGGAGCUAAACGAGGAAUCUUCGUCAUCCAAAAGCCCAGAAGAAGACCAAUCAGAGGCCGAGGAAAUAUUCAAACAACUGGCCAAAGAAACCGAGCAAAGCCACGAGGAGAAUGGGCCAAAGAAUCCCGAUCAGGAAAAGAGCGAGAGGCUCUCAAAGCUAGUGGCUGAUGUUGCCCUCAAAGGACAAUUUCCGGAUAUUAACGCUUUACGCCACUUGGGGCUGUUUGGCAGCCAAAGGAAAUAAACGGGGUUCAAGCGCACUGACUGAUGAAAAAAGUUUGUAUCAAACCUUUACUUAUUUAUUGAAAACGCUCGCCUCAGUGAACUGCGGGAGCUUUAGUAAAUUGCCAAUGUAAUUGUGAGAUUUUUAGCCUUAAGUACCUUCAUAGAGUAGCUUCAGUUGGAACAUUUGGGGCGCAUUGAGCAACAUCCAUCAGCUUGGGAAUUGUGCCCAGACCUUCAAAGUUUCAACAUAUUUAGGAUUAUUAAAGACUUUUGCGCGAAAAAUUCGCAGUUGCAACUCAGUAGACGUUAGACAAAGACAUGGAGCGCUUGCUCUGUAUCUAAAAUGUAUAUAAUUUUAUUGCAUGAACCUUCGACCAUCGUCCAGCGGAUUUUUCGAAGAAAUUUUGAUUAAUGGCACCCCAAUUAGCGCCUAGGGAUGAAAUGCUCACAACAUAGUUUUACAAAUUUAGAUAAGAUUUCUGGACUGGAACUGAAAUCACUUAGUUUUAUUGCAAGUGCACAAUUAUUCUCAUAGUCAAACGUAUUGUUCGAAACGCCCGUUUGAGCUUGAUUUUAGUGUAUUGUCGGAUUAGUGCUUCAUCUACAGGGUGUCACAAAUUGCAGGGGAGUGUUGCGAAAAUUAGGGCAAAAGUCCGGUUGUGUGAAGAAACGGUUAAAAUACAGUGUAAACAUUUAGAGAGGAAAAAUAUUUUCUAAUAGUAUGACAAUUGUUUUAAAAUAUCUCAGAAAAAAUCUAAAUCAUUUACGCAAAUGUCGCUUGUUUAGCCUAAAAAGGCGCAACUUUGCCCCAAUUUCGGUUCACGAAAUCCCAAAGCUAACACCCUGUACAUACGAGGCAGGAAUUUUGUAAAAUAAUCGCAUCGCAACUAGGAAAAGGCCACAUUUGAAGACAAACUUGUCUACUGGUAUUGAGCCGGCGCAAGCAAACAAAAGUAUUUAUUAUUAUAUUUGAAUUAAUUA